AUGGAUCACCACACCGAGCAAAGGUCAUCCAACACAUCCGCUGCCGUCAGCACCUCCGCCUCUCGAUUUCCAGACAUAACGUUCGCCUCCCUUCUUCUCGGCCAGCUGCGCCCCACGCCCUUCCACAGGGAGACCUCGCUGAUGCUCUCCCCAUCACGGCCGACCGAAGCAUGCGAAGCGGUCGCCUCUCGGCCUCUUCGGAUCAUCAUGCAGUCUGACAAGGUCUGCCUGCCGGCGAAAUUCGCGCCCAUGGGUAACCCGCCACCGCCGUCCCCAGCCGCUACUUUCUCCUACUCCUCCGUCUGGCCCACACAACUUGAGGGCACCAAGGCGUUCACGUCACCGUGGGACCACAACAAGGCUAAGAUACGCCAGAUCCAGUCUCGCGGGCACCGGAAUGGUAAUGUCUGCAAAGGAGGAGAUCGCCCGAUUGCAUCAUCGACAGAGUCACCAUUUCCCGACCAGCAGGCCUUCUCCUGCACCCAGACGGUUGUCGAUGAUAACGACGGCCGGCUCCCGCUCGCGACUCCCAACGUCUAG